AUGAAGCGGAAACGUGAACUCGACGAGCAAGGAAAGCGGAAACGAAGCAAGCAGGAAAAAGCCGCCAAGCGAGCGCUCUCCGACGCUGACAACGCCGGGCCCGAGGUCGUCAACGCGGCCAACGGACACACCGAGAAACAUUCUCAGGACGGCGUCAUCACCAAAGCCAAGCGGAACCCGCGACCCAAAAAGAAGGGCUUGGGUGCUCUCGACCAGUAUGCCUCGUCGGCAUGGAAGGUCUCGCAACCUAUGGGCGGGAGGAUCCUUAACAUUGAUCCCCUGCUCACGACAGACGAGAAGCACCUGAUCCUCGCAUAUAACACGUCGCUACAAGUUUACUCGGCAGCCGACUCGCUGCUCGUCCGAAAAAUCCAACUGCCACUCGAUCGUAGCGAUGCAUACUCUGAACAAAUCAUGGCAACCUGCCUCUCGCCAGUCUCCAAGGACCAUCUAUGGGUCGCAUCAUCCAGCGGUCGCCUGUGGAGGAUAGACUGGACUAAGGGCAGCGGCGUCGAGCCCUUGUUCAACCUCGACUGCAUGUUCCUUUCCGGGCUCGCGGUCGACCUCGUCCAGUUCGGCGAGAGCACGCAAGAGGUGCCAUACGCCUGCAUUGGUGAUCAGCUCAGCUGGCGCAUUGUCGCGUGCAAUGUGCACAACGGCAACUUCAGGUCUAGCAAGACUUUGAUGGAACACGAUGCCGUCAUUCAAAAGAUCCAGGCAGUCAAGAAUGGAUUCGGGCUCGCCGCCUCGGCCGAUUCCGACAUCAUCAUUGGAAACCUUAGAUCAACUAGUGUUUCGUCCUUCGAACAGCUAUCUUACGAGUUCUUCGUUUUGGACUGCAGCGACGAGAUCACGUGCCUUGACGUGCGAGCAUCUGAUCGCAUACAUCUUUCUAGAGCGUCGCAGGCGAAGACAGGAGACGAGCCUGUGAUCGAAGUGGUGGUUGGCUGUGCUCGUGGUGCCAUAUUCUACUACAACGAUCUCUUGCCGCAAAUCCGGCACCUACAGACCUCGAGGAAGGGCAAAAGCUUGUCGCUGCAGCCACGGAAGCUUCAUUGGCACCGGAGAGCUGUACAUGCUGUCAAGUGGUCUCGUGAUGGCAACUACAUCAUUUCUGGUGGUUCCGAGUCAACCCUCGUCAUGUGGCAGAUCGAUACUGGCAAGUCAGACUUCUUGCCACACUUGUCGGCAACAAUCGAAAACAUUGUUGUCUCUACCCGCGGUUCAGCUUAUGUUCUCCACCUCGAUGACAAUUCUGCCAUGGUUAUCAAUACUGCGGAGAUGAAGCCCACAACAUACAUAUCUGGCGUCCAAACUCAUCUUGUUCCGCCACCUUUCUCCAAGGAUGAGCUGGUGCAUCGUGUUGGACAGAAGAUUGCAGAUCAAGUCGUGCGGAUACCGUCAGCAGUCAACCCAACCAAUACCUCACGGUUAUUGAUGUGCGUUGGCAACGGACAGCAUAACCCUUCGACACCGAUGAUCCAAACAGUGGAUCUCAGCACAAUCCAAAGCGUCUCAAAGCAGGCCCUCACGCGGACGAAUCCGACAGAAAUCAACAUCACCCCGAAGGGAUUACCGAUCGUCGAACCACACGUGACUGCCGUGGCAUUUUCACAUGAUGGCAAGUGGCUCGCAACCACGGACGAGUGGGAGCCUCCGGCCCAGGACACGACCAACCAGGCCAAGGGUCCGUCUUCGUGCCCCGAGCAGCGAGAAGUCUAUCUCAAGAUAUGGUCUGUUUCGGCAGAGGACAAUUCUCUCGAGCUGCUCGCUCGUAUCAACAACCCGCAUUCCACAAGUCGUGCUGAGCCAGUGCUUGGCCUUGCGUCCGACUCCACAUCGCACCGCUUUGCUACCAUUGGCGGCGACGGGUUCGUAAGGACGUGGCGGCCAAGCAUCAGACAGCGGGACGGAGUGCUCGUCAAGGGCAAGCAGGGGCGGCAGUUGCAUAGUUGGACUUGCUCCCAGUCUGUGGCGAUAUUCGAAAAUGACGGCGCUGAUGGUCAAGAUACCUCUACCAAGUCCACGGGUUCCGUCUGCUUCUCACAGGAUGGGUCAAUUCUGGUGACGGCAUACUCCACGCCAGCAGGCUCAGCAAUCCACAUCAUUGAUGCGGAGACUGGAGAGGUGCGCAACGCCGUCUAUCACCUCAUCGAGGGCGGUGUGCAGGGCCUCGAGAUCAUCGGAUCUCAGCUGAUUGUGCUUUCCGAUAUCCUUGCGGUAUAUGACCUGGUUAGUGAUGAGCUCAGCUACGGUAUCCAGCUGCGCCGAGAGGAGCUGCACCUUGGUCCAGCUGUUUUGUCCCACCUCGCAGUUGACCAGGAGACAUCGAGUUUCGCCAUCGCUGUUUCGCGCCGCGAUCUCAAGGCGACGUCAGUCCAGACGGAGCUCGCCAUCUUCUCGCCCGAAAAGAGUGAGCCGGAGAUGAUUCAGCGAUUCCCUCAGCCGAUCGCUGCCGUCGUCCCCACCAUCGGAGCAGGUGGAUUCAUAUUGGUAGACGCUGCUGCACAACUAUGGUCUGUCAGCCAGGGCCGGGACACGUCGUCGGCCUUUGCUCAGCCGCUGGCAGAUCUCAGCCUUGACAACGAGUCCUUGUCGGCUGCGGCAGGCCAGUCCGCCGCCAUCGUCAUGGAGGCUGAUGCUGACGAUGUCAGCGAGGAUGAGAUGGACGUCGAUGCUCCCGAGGAUGAUGGGGAUGACGACGCACUCCACCCUGCCGUAGUUGCUCCUCAGAAGCUCGCAGAGCUAUUCGACAGCGCCCCUGCAUUUGCCAUGCCUCCGAUCGAGGACAUGUUCUACCAGGUUACCAGGUUGUUCUCGGCGAAGAAGCCAGCUGCAGUGGCUGCGUAG